AGCCAUAGCGGCCCGAGCCCGCGAUGCGGCUCGCGAGGCUCCAGCGCCGCCGCCUGCCAGGCCCCGCCCACGCCCCUGAGCCGGCCCGGCGCCCGCUGGCUCCGGCAUGUCCGCGGGCGAGGAUGCCGUCUUCGAGGUGGAGGACUUGCCGUUGUUUCUUCCUCCAAAGGUCGAGAACGGUAAACACAUGUACCUGGUCAAGUGGCACGGCUUCGCUGACACCACGUGGGAGCCCGACGAGAACAUCGGGCCCGAGCUCAGCAAGCUCAAGGAGGUGUUGCAGAAGAAAGGGAGCAACGGUCAGGUGAAGCGGAAGGCCGAAGAGGGGAGAAGACGAGACAAGAAGGACAAGGAAAGGGAAAAAGACAAGGACAAGGGCAAAGAGAAGGGCAAAGAGAAGGACAGAGACAAGAAAGGGGUCAAGAGGCGACGAGAUUCCAGCGAGGACUGCGAAGGCCGACGGAGGAGGAAGGACGACGGAGGACGACGGAGGGACGACAAGAAGAGGGGUCACGACUCAGAAGGAUCCAGCGACGCUGGAAGGAAGCGGAGACGAGACAAGAAGAAGGCAGCGCCUUCCCCGGUCUCCGAGUCGUCCGCGGACAGCGAGGACUCUGAGUCAGACAGGAGGAGGAAGAAAGACAAGAAGGAGAAGAAGGCAGCCAAGGCCGAGCCUCAAGACAUGCAGCAGGCGAUGAUGCAGCAGUACCAGCAGCGGCAGAUGCAGUGGGCACAGUACCAGCAGCAGAUGCAGCACUACCAGUACGUGCAAUGGCAGCAGCAGCAGGCCGCCAUGCUCGCCGCGCAGCAGCAGCAGGCGAUGAUUAGAAAACAGGAGGAGGAGAGGCGGGAAAGGAUAGAGCCGCCGAGGAGAUACGAAGAGCUGGACAGGAGUCGGCGCAUCAACGACGAGGACAGAAGAAAGCGAGAGCGCGAGGGCUUCGCCAAGACCGAAAUCAUGAAGGUGCUGCUCAAGGUGAGGUGUGCCACGCCCGAGCAGUGGGAAGACCUCCAGAAGGAGAUGGAGGCGGUGCUGGAGAGGCAGCUCGAGGCCACCGGCUCCCUGAAACAGGACGUGCUGCAGGAGAAGGAGAGCGCGCCGUGGAGGCAGGCAAGGCCGGGAUCGAGAAGAUCGAGGGGCUCCGCAAGCAGUACCAGGCGAAGCAGAAGGCGGCAGCGGCGACCAUGCCGAAGCCGAUCGUCGGCCCCGGCGGCAAGGUGCUGAUGGUGGGCCCCCACGUCCCAGGGCCGGUGCCCAACCUGGUGAUGCAGCCGCCCGGCGCGCUCGCCAAGUCCGCGAUGCCGGCCAUGCAGCCGCCCUCGUCGCCGCCGCCGGCGUUCACGAAGAUGGCCCCGCCGACGCCGGGCGGCGCUGAAGGACGCCUCCGGGGCGUUGGUGCCUAGGCGGAUCCUGAGGCCCCGCCGUCGAUGCCUGACGGCACCAGCGACGCCCUCGGGGCGGCGUUGUCGAAGGCCGCGGCGAAGGCCGAGGGCCCGUCGAUGUCGAAGGCCGCGGCGAAGGCCGGGGCCGCGGCCGCGGAGCAGGCGCUGGCUGGCUCCCUGCCGAAGGCCGCGCCGCCGGAGGCGACCAAGGAGACGGCCGGACCCGCGGAGCAGGCCGCGAGCGCGGACAAGGACGGGCGGCGCAGAAGGGCCCCGCCGCCUCGGAGCUGUAGGGCCUCGGCGGCGGGCGUCACUGCCGCCUGCGGUGUGGCCGCGGGCUACCGCGCGUAUCAAGACUUGCACGGGCUCAUCCAUUGGACAGCACCUCGAGAAAGGGAAGGGCCCCUCCUCCUCCUCCUCCUCCUCC